CCUUCCUAAAGUCGGGCAAGAGUGAAGUGGUGGAGAACGUGAGGGAAGAACGAGGGAGUAAGCGCCAAGCAGCUUCUUUCUUCCCUUCGAAUGAAGACAACUUGUUUUUUAGAGAAUUUUUAACAAAAUCAAUGAAAUAUGGAUCAGGACUGUUUAGAAACAACGUGCAAUAGCGCAGUCAGCUCGGACGCGUCUUACAGAUUGACUCCUUCAGAAAUCGAGACGAUGGUCAAGCUGAGGAUGACGAACAGGGCUUACUUCUCUGGAAAGAAAAACGAAUGCAUGAAAGGAUGGAGGGCCAUCCUAAAGCACAUGGGCUUGCAUACCAAACUUAACUACUAUCAGGCUGCCAAGAAAUGGGACAACAUGAGGAUGAGAUACAAGGAGCUCAAGUACCCUCCCGAGGGGGCGGUGCUCCCUCCCGCGUGGUGGGGCUUCAAGCUGAUGGACAACGCCAUGCACGGCCUGCUGGACAGCAGCGCGCCCAUCAUCGCCCUCCCCCCCAGCGACGAAGAGGCCGACUUCCUCCCGUACAAGAGGAGGCGCGAGCACCCCCGAGCACCGCCGCGGCCGCCCCCGCUGGGCGGGGCGGACGCCUCGGAGAUCGAGGUCUCCCUCCUGGACAGCGGCGAGGAGUGGCAGCGGGAGGAGGAGGAGGAGGAGGUGGAGCUCCGACGCGCCUCGUGGGACAUGGAGAGCGAGCGCCUGGCGCUGGAGAGCGAGCGCGUCUCCCUGGAGGGCGAGCGAGCGCUGAUGGAGCGCGAGCGGCAGCUGGUUGCCAUGGAGACCCUGGGGCUGCAGCGGGAGAGGGCGGGGCUGGAGCGGGAGGAGGUGGGGCUCGGGCGGCAGCGCGCCGCCCUGGAGCGGGAGAGGACGGCCGUCGAGAGGGAGAAGGCGCUGCUGGCGCGGGAGAGGGCCGUGCUGGAGAGGGAACGCACCGAGCUGAGCCGCGAUAGGCUGGCCAUGGAGAGGGGGCGGGGCUGGCCGGCCAGGGACGGCGGGGUGAACGGCGGGGUGAACGGCGACGUUCACGGGAACAGUCACGGCGGCUGGGUCGAGGCGGACGGGGGGGUGGGGGAGGUGGGGGAGGAGGGCGGGGACAACGGCGGAGGUCUGGACGCGGGAACGUUACAGCGGCGGGAGCGUUUCCUGGACCUGUUUGAGAAGCUGGUGGAAAACUUUUGAAAGCAAACCCGGAGGGAUUCCGCGGGACACAGAAGACUGGUUUGGUUUGGGGAUAUUCUAGCAGCGCGUCUACAAGACCGUUUUUUUGGAUUUGUGAAGUUAGUGCAACGCUGUUUCCCUGGGGUUUUGAGGCCACAUUAAACCACUUUAUUCAAACGUGGGUAUCACCCUUGAAUGGGUUCAACAUAUCAUGUUCUGCACAGAGACCGUUGGUGGGGGGGGGGGGGGGGGGCGGGUUGUAGAGAAAGUCAUGAUCAUUUUGCUAGGUUGAUUCAAGGCUGUUUUCACUGUAUUAUUUUUACUUCACCUUGUUUCGGACCGCUGUAUGAUGUCAAUGAAAACGUUGAGCCACCCCACAACAUUUGGAGAGGUCAUAAUCAAACAACUUUAUUCAAAUGUGGUUAUUCCAUACAGAGAGCAUACAAUAGCAAGCUGUUACGGUCUUUGCAUCACCCCCCCCACCUCCCUCUAUCCCCAACCUAAAUCCAACAAUAGACUCUACAAAGUGACGUGUCAUUUAUAGGCUUUUGUAUUGCAUGCUCAAAUCAUCACCAUUUGUGAUAUUGCAGUUCAUGUAAAAAAAAAAAAAGAAGCUUUUUCUGAAUAUAUAUAUUUUUAUAUUACAGUACAGACUUUACAACAGGUGAUGGUGUUUAAA